UUGAGCUCCGCCGCGCCGCGCUGGGCGCUCGGUCCGCCUCAGCGGUGGGGAGCGAGCCAGGCCUCCCGCCGCUGCCUCCGCAUCGGGUGUGCAACCCCGGGCUAGGCCCCGGCCGGGGCAGGAGCGCAGAAUGUUAGUUCCUUCAGAAGUUCUGUUUCGUCCCUGUAUUCCAAUGCCUCAUUAAGUGCUCAACCUUAAUCAAAUGAGUGAAGGAUUACUCUGGCUGUUGAGUUUGCAAGUAGACAAGAUGGGGAGUUAGAGUAGAUUUGAGAGACCAGAGGAAUAAUACAGAGCUUCUGUGAUGCACUUCAAGCCAUAUUGGAAACUCCAGAAGAAAGUACAACCCGUGGAAACCAGCAAGGAAAGUCUGAGAAUUCCUGUGAGCCACAAAAAGGCUUUACAUGAUGAAAAAUGCAAAACUAGCUACAUGAAGCCAAGUGUCUUUUCUUCAGCUUCUCUUGGUAAAGCAUCAUCUCGAAAACCUUUUGGGAUCCUUUCUCCAAAUGUUCUAUGCAGUAUGAGUGGGAAGAGUCCUAUAGAAAGCAAUCUGAAUGUUAAAAUCAAGAAGAAUGUCCCAUCUGCAACAAUCCACCAGGGUGAAGAAGGGGAAGGUCCGCUUGAUAUCUGGGCUGUUGUAAAACCAGGAAAUACUAAGGAGAAAAUUGCAUUUUUUGCAGCCAACCAGUGUAGUAAUAGGAUAGGAUCUAUGAAAAUAAAAAGCUCCUGGGAUAUUGAUGGGAGAGCUACUAAAAGAAGGAAAAAAUCAGGGGAUCUUAAAAAAGCCAAAAUACAGUUAGAAAGGAUGAGGGAAGUCAACAGCCGGUGCUACCAGCCUGAGCCUUUUGCGUGUGGCAUUGAGCACUGUUCUGUACAUUACACUAGUGACACUGGGGACGGCCUCUAUGCAGGGAGGCCUCUGUCUGUCAUACAGAUGGUUGCCUUCCUUGAGCAAAGAGCCAGUGCUCUAUUAGCCAGUUGUGCGAAAAACUGCACUAAUUCACCUGUGGUAAGGUUUUCUGGGCAACCCAGAGGUGUGCCCCCAGCCUCUGAAACCUUUUCCGCUGUAGUAGCGUGUGAAGAACCUACUGAAAGGGGAAAUCCUGAGGCUAGUGAACCACAGAGUGAGCCAAUCCGUGUCCUCGAUAUGGUAGCCAGACUGGAAUCCGAGUGCCUAAAGCGGCAGAGCCAGCGUGAACCUGGGAGCCUCUCCAGGAACAACAGCUUCCGUCGAAAUGUCGGCCGUGUGUUGCUUGCAAAUGGCACUCAGGCUGAUGAAGGCAAAACAAGCAAACGCACCUCGGAGGUUCCUGAUUCUCAGGUGAAUCCUGUGGGAUCAAUGUCUGUGGACUGUGGCCCCUCAAGAGCUGACCAUCACCCUGCUAAGGGGGACCAGGCCUGGGACAGUGCUCCUGAAGGCUGCCCCUCACUGCUGGCAGGUGUGAGUUUCCACAUGGACGGUGCAGACUUAGAAGAAGAUCAGCAAACCGCUGUGAAAAACAGCAACAGAUAUGAUGUGGAAAUGACAGAGGAUCUUGUUGGGUCACCUUUUCCUUCUCGCACUUGUCCACAAGCCAUUGAAUUGCCCACAGAUGUUGUUGAAUGUGUGAGUAGAGAGCUUGUGCCGCUUUCUAGCCAAAAUCCUGAUCAGAGAAGAAGAGAGUCUUUGUGCAUCAGUAUCACUGUGGCCAAGGUAGAGAAAGACCAACCUUCUAGUGUGAAGUCCUGUGAAGACCCACUUCCAGGGAUGUUGUUUUUUUUGCCACCUGGUCAACAUCAGUUGGACUGUUCCCAGUUGAAUGAAAGUACAAAAGAGUCUUCCAAGGCCGGCCAGCUUGAAAAUGCUGCUGAGAGUGCAUCUGAGGAAAAAAGUGUUCCAGCUGGUCCAUUGGUCCAACCAGCCUCUCCUGUGGAAAGUACCGUAGGGGUACUUGAGACAUCCACUUGUAAGAAGCAGGUGUCUCAUGACUUUUUGGAGACCAGGUUUAAAAUCCAGCAGCUUUUGGAGCCUCAGCAAUACAUGGCUUUUCUACCCCAUCACAUUAUGGUGAAAAUCUUCAGGUUACUUCCUACCAAGAGUCUCGUGGCUCUUAAAUGCACCUGCUGCUACUUCAAGUUUAUCAUUGAAUACUACAAUAUCAGGCCAGCAGAUUCUCGCUGGGUUCGAGACCCACGAUACAGAGAGGAUCCUUGUAAGCAGUGCAAGAAAAAAUAUGUGAAAGGGGAUGUGUCCUUAUGCCGGUGGCAUCCCAAGCCUUAUUGCCAGGCAUUGCCCUACGGGCCAGGAUACUGGAUGUGCUGCCAUCGGUCUCAGAAGGGCUUCCCUGGCUGUAAGCUGGGGCUGCAUGACAAUCACUGGGUCCCUGCUUGCCACAGCUUUAAUCGAGCAAUCCAUAAGAAAACAAAAGGGACUGAAAUGGAAGAUGAAUACUAAAUAUGUGCGGUGACAAGUGGACCAAUUUUUUGAAAUGUAUAUCCCCACCUAGCUGCACCACUCGGGGAGUGUUGCUUUCAGCGUCAUUGCUGGGGAAUCUGCACUUGCUCCAUCAGGACUGCCAUUGCUCAGGCAUUUUUUUAAAAAAAUUAAUUUACAAACUGUCAAGACAGGUGGUCUCAUUGUUUUAUAGUUGCACCUCACACUAGAUCCCAGGAUAGUAUUCUACAGUUUGAUUCACUUGGCUGUGAAUAACUAUGCCUGUUCUCCCGCAUCAAAUCCAUCCCUAAAGGAUGAAGACUUGCCACCGUCAAGGACAUUCAGAAGAGUUCAUGGCAGAUUAUGCAGGCAAGCCCCCAAAAGGAGUCCCAGAAAUGUUUGGAGCACUGGCACCAUUAUUUUAUAAACAAGUGAAUAGUGUCCUGUGAAAAGAAUAGCAGCACUCUUGGAUGAAAAAAGUAUGCUUACAAAAGUCAGGCACCUUACCUUAGAGCUUGUAUGCUUGAUCGUGUGAGAUUGAUGUUUGUGGCUGGAAAUGGAUUUCAUGCCCUGUGGUGUUUACAGUGUAUAUAGGUUGUGUUUUCAUAGGGCUAUGAAAAGUGCACAUUAAACCUGAGCGCCUUUACUUUAGAUGAGUGCUUUUGGCCCCUCUGUAAAUAAUGCUAUUAAAUCUGGUUGUAUAUAAUGGACAGCUGAACAACGUAAUCACCACAAUGCAGCUAGAAUAGUGUUGCAGCUACAAAUGUCUGUUUUUUUAUUGUCUCGUCUCAAAUUUGUACAUCCUGUAUAAAAUUUGAAUGUUUCCCAAAUAAACUAUGAAUGUUUACUGUAUAAUAUAUGAAUGUUUCUCAGAAGAAACUCUAAAUAGUUAAGAGGUUAACCUGUUGAAAGAAUACCAAAUAAUGGUUUAACUGGACAACCUUAAAAUUAGCAUAGAGAACAAUCUUUUGUUAUAUUUUAGUGAUCCACUAAGAAUGACAGAACAUUAUAUAGUCAGAUGGUAACAUUCUUGUCUACUUUAUCCUUUGUCUGGUUACAAUUUUUUUUAACUUCAAUAAAAAUAUGCAUCUUAAGUGGAA